CCCGCGAUAAGGGGCCAGGGGUCGCCGCGGCGAGGCAGUCGCCGUCGUGGGGCUGGCGGGAACACUCGAGCCCCUGUCGCCUGCAGUCCGGAAGAUGUCGUGCUCCCUCGCACUGUGCCCCAAGAGGUCGUCCCGUCCCAGGUACCGCACCAGAUGCCGGUACUCCGAGGAGACUCCGUGGUGAUACCGCGCGCGUUGACUGACCGCCUAGACGCCCAGCGCCUCCACCAUGGCCCUCGACUUCCUGGCCGGCUGCUUGGGAGGGUGUGCUGGAAUCCUCGUGGGGCAUCCCUUCGACACCGUCAAAGUACAUCUACAGACGCAGGACUUUCAAAACCCGAAGUACAGGGGUACUUUACAUUGCUUCCAGUCGAUCAUACGGAGAGAAAGUGUGGCGGGGCUGUACCGCGGCAUGUCCUCGCCGCUGGUGGCCGUGGCCGCGGUGAACGCCAUCGUGUUCGGCGUGUACGGCAACGCGCAGCGCCACAUGGGCGACCCCGACUCGCUGGCCUCGCACCUGCUGGCGGGCUGCGCCGCGGGGCUGGUGCAGAGCUUCGUGUGCAGCCCGGUGGAGCUGGGCAAGACGCGCGCCCAGCUGCAGAGCGGCGCCAGCCCGCUGCGCUGCUUGCGCGAGGUGGUGCGUCGGGCCGGCCUGCGCGGCGUCUACCGCGGCCUGGCCGUCACCGUGGCCCGCGAGGUGCCGGGCUACGGCGUCUACUUCCUCGCCUACGAGGCCAUGACCCGCGGCUCCGAGCGCCUCGGCACGCCCGGCAUGCUGCUGGCGGGCGGGCUCAGCGGCAUGGCCUCCUGGUUCACGUCCUACCCCGCGGACGUGGUCAAGUCGCGCCUGCAGGCCGACACCCAGGGUCGAUACAAGAAUGCUGUUGACUGCCUGCGUAAGAGCGUGGCGCAGGAAGGCCUGCCGGUGCUCUACCGGGGCCUGGCCUCCACGCUGCUGCGCGCCUUCCCCACCAACGCCGCCACCUUCGCCGUCGUAACCUGGGUGAUGCGCUGCUUCGCGGAUGUACCGCAGGAGUGCGCUGCCUACCAUACGCCGCUGCGGGGUGGGGAGUUCGUGACCAUGGGCGCACCGCAGCUAGACGCGCGCCUGCCUCCAGCUUGGCUGACGUUGCUCGAGGUGAGGCCAAGGGCGCUGCCCGAGGUCACGCCAAGGAUGCUGCCCGAGGUCACGCCAAGGACGCUGCCCGAGGUCACACCAAGGACGCUGCCCGAGGUCACACCAAGGGCGCUGCCCGAGGUCACGCCAAGGACGCUGCCCGAGGUCACGUCAAGGACGCUGCCUGCGCGGUGGCCGAGCGCUCACAGCGGGUCGCGACUCGUGGAGGAGCAAGCGAGGAUGGUGCUCCUGGAGCACGUGCAGUGCGUCUGCGCCGACGCGAGGCAGGAGUCGACCUCGCCGAGCCAUGCUUGCUGCUUCAUGUGCUCAAGAGCCAGGGUCCUGCCGGCGGGCGAGGGACCGGCCAUCUUCGACGCGAGCAGUUAACUCUGAGUGUGAAUAAUGACUCAUCAUGCAGAUCUGGUCAAGAUAAGGUUUCAGUAAAUUUUCGGUUAUCGGUCGGGUGUUUGGUACCGACAUCUAAAUGGACACGCUCUUCCAUAAUGCAUUUUUUCUUUGAUAAAAUAUAGAAUUUGUUUUUGAUUUUAUAAAUUUGGCAAGUUUUCGGUGGAAUAUAUAAAAAAAAAUUCUCUUCUACUUAA